AUGGAGAAUCAGCUGCGUGCAUGGUUGCGUUAUUGCAUAUUUUUCGGCGUUUACCUCAACGCGUCCAAUGAAAGCGCAAAUCAAUCAACACCACCACCACCAUCCACACUUGAAGCGCCGCGCAUACAAAGAAAUAACCAAGCUUGGCUUAAAAAUACAAAAACAUAUUCUUGCAAUUUUUUUCUCCAACGAUUUCAUGUGUGCUUUUUGCUUAGCACUCUUUGUGGGCUCUACAUACAUGGGCUGUACUGGCGUGAUUAUAUACCGGAACUUAUGCUAACCUGGAUAGCGGCCACAAUGAUUUUCACUUCGCAAGUGGGCACGAAUUUCUUCAUUAUAAUGGAAGCCGUGUGCAAGAGGUCCCAACAUGAAGCCUUCCUCGUGCUGCUGGACGAGAUUGAAGUGGCUUUGAAGUUACGCCUGCGGCAGGAUGUGCAACCGAUUGCGUUAGCUAAGAAUGUGCGUACGUCUUUGCUAUACCUCGUAACAUUGUCACUCCUUGCGCUCGGUAUCUUCAUAGUAACUUCGAUGUGGUUGAAUUACAUUGGUUACUUUUGGCAUGGGCUCUGGUCCAUAUUAACAAUGCGUGUGCGCAUUAUACAACUCGUGAUUUAUGUGCGUACUCUGCGCCACUAUCUGGAAUGUCUGUGCGUGAAAUUGCGUCAGAUUGUGGCCUAUCGUAUGGCGCCAGAGCAGCGUCUGUUGGAUAUCGACUAUGAGAAACUGGAAUCACUUGAAUAUCUGCUGGCCAUCAAGGAGAUCUAUGCGCUACUUCACAAAGCAUUUCAAUUAUUGAAUAAUUUUGCCGGUUGGUCGCUAUUUAGUAUUACGGUGUGCUAUUUAUUUGAUUUCACAUGCAAUAUGUAUUGGACACUGUUGAGUUUGGAUGGGUAUGCAAGGCGGCGGUAUUAUUACAUUGCAGGACCGGCCUCGAUGAUACCGCUCAUCGUCAUUGUGGGGCAUUUGUGUUAUUUGUGCGAUAAUUGCAAAAAGUUGGGUCACACUGUUGCACAUUUAUUAUGCAAAAUAAUGGUAACUAAUUCUACAAAGUCGCUCAAUUCUUAUCGUCUGGUUUUAUAUCAGUUCUCUUCACAAUUACCACUACAAUGCAUUGAAGUAACAGCUCAACAUUUCUACGCUCUGGAAAUGCAUUUACUGGUGACGAUGUUCACGGCGGUGACUAUGAACUUGGUGAUACUCAUACAGUUUCUGACGUCUUAA